AUGUGUGACUUGACAUAUACUAUAACCCUGGGGCUACAGAAAACAAAGGCAGACGUUCGAACUAGUGUGCAAGGACUUGCCAUAGCUCCUCCUCCAACUGAACACAGAGCCAAAUUGGAUUACAGUUUUCUGGCAUAUGGAGAAAACUUUGAAAGAGCAGAAAUCAACGGGGAGAGACAUGACCGGCAAAGACUUAAUGAACUUGGCAUAAUCCGAACUGACCACCAGGAUAUAAUAUUAAAAGCAGUUGCUAAUAUUUAUAAAAAGAGCAAAGUUGAAGAACAAGCAAUGCAAGGAGAAGAUCAGAAUGACAAAAAGAUGCCUACCAGAUUCAGAAAACAAACUGAACAUCUUGAGCACGCUAUUGACCGUGUUCUGGUCAUGAUAUCGGAAAGAAGAAGGGUGCGUAGUCUCCAUGGCACUAAUGAACAACCACCUGCUAUCAUUCUUACAGCUGCUCUCGAACUGAUUAAUAUGGUCAAGAUGAUACUAAAUAUUCUGGAAAGGCCUCCACUUGAUUGCAUGUCAGUAUUUUCCGGUCUGAAAAGCCACCUCAUUAAACAUAUCACAUUACUGAAACAUUUCUCUGAACAGUCUGAUCUCAGCCAUGAAAUGGAAUCUGAUAUGAUAGAUGUGUGCAAGGGUGUGAGUAAAAUCUGUCAUUACAUACUUGCUCUGCCACCUGAUCUUCCAGGACCAGAAACACAAAUUCCAGAAUUUAUUACCCCUAAAGAGAGGCCACCUGGGGUGCAAGUGCCAAUUUCCAUUAAACCUGAAGUAAUGAGUUUCUCAAUGAAACAUGGACCUGACUAUGGGCCUUCACCUCAACAUUCAUUAAUGCCAAUAACUACAACUAGUUCAUCAAGUGAACCUGUAUUAUCCCUUCAACCUGUGUCCCUUCCAAGUGAAAGAGUACCUGACAGACUUGAAUAUUUUUCUCCAGAAUGGCUCAACACUCCAAGUAAUGAAGGAGCAGUUAUGAUGCGACAUGAUGAAGGAAACGAAUCUGAAACAGAAAUUUCUGAUACAAAAGGUUCUGAAACUCCAGCUGGUUCUUUGGACUAUAAAAGUCUCCAAUGCCUAACAAUAGUUGAAAGUGACACCCCCCUUAUGGACUCUGGCUCUGAAAGAUGUAUGAUUGAUUCUGACUCUGAUAGAGGCAUUAGUUUGGAUUCUGACUUAGAAUAUUCGAAAGACUCUGACUCAGUAAUAUGGGUAAUGGACUCAGACUCAGAAAAAUGUCCCAGUGACUCAGACUCAGUGAAACAUCUUCUAGAAGCAGAAAACUAUCAGAUGGUUUCAGGCUCUGCAGAAGACCCGAUGGAGUCAAAGCAACACCUGGUAGGAGUUGAACAGGGCCAGGUGGACUCUGACUCUCUAGAAUACUGGAUGGACUCAGGUUCAGAAAAAGACUUUGUAGAUUCUGACUCUGAAAAAUAUCAGAUGGACUCUGACAAUGAAAAAUCAGGGAUAGACUCAGACUCAGAAAAAUGCCCGAUGGCCUCUGCAUCUGUGAAACACCUGCUGAAGGCAGAAAAACGCCAAAUGGCCUCAGAUUCUAUAAAACGCCUAAUUGAAUCUGAAAAAUGUUUGAUGGAGAUGGAAAAAUUUUGGAACGUCUCUGGUCCUGAGAAGUAUGUGUUGAACUCAGACAAAGAAAGUGGUAGAAUGGACUCUGCUUCCGCACCUGCUGUAUAUCUGAAAGAAAAACACCAGGAGAAAACUAGAUCUGAGAGAUAUAUGAUGGACUCUGACUCUGAACCAUGUGGGAUAGACUCAGACUCAGAAAGAUAUGGACUAGCCUCAGCAAAUGUGAAAUGUCUCAUGGAUGUUAAAACAUUCCAGUUGAGCGCUGACACUGAGGGGCUCUGGAUGGAUUCUUGGUCUGAAAGACGUACAAUAGAUUUAGACUCUGAAUGCCUAGGGAUGGCCUCUGAUUCUGUGAAACACAUGAUGAAGACUGAAAAGUGCCAAAAGGCCUCUAACUUGGAGAGUUCCUGGAUAGGCCUUGAGUCUAAAUCUGAAAGAUGUCUCAUGGACUCUGAAAGAGAAGAGUUGAACUUUGUCUGUGGUAGAUGCUGGGAAAGUUCUAGAAAAUAUAAGCAUAGGUCUACAGGACUUCAGGAUAGCUCUGGAAGAUGUCAGGAUGACCUUCAAAAACAUUGGGAUAACUUUGAAAGACAUCAAAUAGACUCUGCUUCUGGAAAACAUCAAACAAAUUCUGAAAAGGAAAGGCAUCAAAAUGAGUUUGAAAGUGAAAGACACCUAAUGGAGAAAGAGAGGGAACAGUGUCUGAUACAAUUUGAAAAUAAGAGACUUCAAAUGGAUGAAGAGAGGGGAGGACAUCUCAAGGAGUCUGACAAUGAAAAAGAGCACAGGAUUGAAUGUGACAGUGAAAGACACCACCUUGACUCAGAAAAUGAAGCACAACGGCUCGGUGCUCGCAAAAAGGAUAAUCGUCCUCUAGGUUUUUGGAAGCCCAUAUUCCAGACUUCUCUUCUUGGCCAGGGAAUGCAAACUGAAGAACAACACUCUGUGCAACAAAUAGAUAACAAAGUUUCCAGAAUUCAACUUCUGAAGCACAUGAGUGAUGACAAAAUUGUGAGAUUCAAAAAAGAGUCUCCGACUCUCAGUGACAAGCAAGACUCAAAGCAAAAGUUAAAGGAAAAGUGCAGCCACAACCUUUCUCCAGACCCAAACAUAUUCAUGGAUAACAAGCGUCAUAGAAAUGUCACCCGUAAAACUUCUGUCUAUAAGAACCUUUGUAAGGACUACAAAUAUGCACAUAGUUUUCAGAGUUCUGCAUCUCCAGUGAAGCCUGUUCAUUUCCUAAGUGCUAAGGGUUACACCUCUGAAGUUUCAAUGCCUGUCUGCGACCCAACGUCCAUAAGCCCUAGGUCUGUUGUACGCCCUAAGACUCACAGAUACAACACACAUUCUUUGGACACAGGAUCUCAAAUAUGUUUCAGAUGUUUGGUGAAAAUCAAUAACUCUCCUUUUCAUGAAUGCCUCAUUAAUUCUGAUGAUGAUUCAGACCCUGACUGUUCUUUACAUCUCCAAAUUCCUUUGGAUUCUAAAUAUUCUCUGAGCCCCAAGUCUGUUAGACACCACAAGACUUCUCGGAACAGGCCUUUAUCUCGAUCCCUGGAUCCUAAGCAUCCUGUAGGUAGUCGCUGUCCUCUACGUGGGGAAGAUUCUAAAUAUUCCCUGGGCUCAACUUCUUAUUUGCAUUGUGAAAGUUGCUCAGCUCUCCAAAAUCUCCUAUGUUCCACUGUUACCCGUACCCUUCCCACGAACCCCCAAAAUACCAUGGGCCACUUUGGUGCCCCUGACCCAUUCAGUGUCAUCAAUACCAGCAAUGGUACUGGCCUUGAAAGUGAGGGCAAGUUCAACCUUACUUUCAAGCUGAAAAAUGAAGCCAGUCCUGACAAUGAGACUAAACCGGUCAGUUCUAACAAUCUCAAUGAUAAGGUCAAUACCAAAAACAGAACUCUUCCCAAAGAUGAGACAGACCAUGAAGAUGAGACAGACUCUGCAGAUAAUACAGAUGAUGAAGACGAAACAGAACCUGACGAUGAAGAUAACACCAGAGAUAAGAAAGAUCCCAGUGAUAAGUCUGACCCUGAUGACACUGAUCCCAAAGACAGCAACACCGAAAAUGAUGCUGAUACCAACAGUGGAUCUGAUCCCAGUGGUGAUGCUGGCCCUACAGGUGGAUCUGAUUCUAACAAUGAUGGUGACCCCAACAAUGGAACUGACUCCAACAGUGAACUUGACCCUAACAUUGAUAAUGCCACUAACAAUGACACUAACUCCAAAUACAGCACUGAUCUUGAGGAGGAUUCACACACCAACACUUUAGAUGAUGCUUCUGGUCUAUACAGUGGUGUUGAUCAGGACAGUACUGCUGACCCCAGUGAUGGCACUAAUCCAAAAUACAUCUCUAGGCCCAAGAAUGAAACUAGCCUGGAUUACACUUCUGGUUUCAACAGUGGUACUGGCCCUAGCAAUGUCACUGGGCCUGGCAAUGAUAUUUGCCCCAACAUUGGUCCUGACCGCCUGAAUAUCAGAUCAGGUACCAACAGCCCUGGCCCCAGCAACAAUGGCACUAGCCCCAACAACAGACCCAGCCCCAACACCAAUAGCCCUGGCUCUGAAAAAGACCCUGACUCUAACUAUAGUGCCAGACCUAGUAAUGUCACUAGUCACAACAAUGCUAUUAAUCCUCACAAUGAUGCUGAUCCCAACUAUGGUAUAAGACCCACAAGUGCUGCUGGCCACAACUAUGCAGCUGCCCCAAACUAUGACUCAGACCUUAACUAUGUACCAGGAUUUCCCCAUGAAAAAGUUUCUAGCUUUGUAGUAAACCCAAACUCUGUUGCCAGAAACAGCUAUGUUGCCAGACCCAGCUCUGCAGGUAGCUCUGUCAAUGCCACUGACACCAGCAAAACCACUGGCUUGGUAGAAAUUAUACAAUUUUUGACGACCACAAAUUUGGUGCUCACUUCAAAGACUGCUAGACUUAAGCAUGCCACUGAGUGCAAGGAUAUCCUUGAUGCCAAGCAAUCUGGCUUAAAAAGAUUUCCUUGGGUCCAGAAUCUCAUUGGUAUCAAGGAUCCUGCCAGUUUAAACUUUCAUGCCAAUCCAAAUAUUCCACUCCCUAGUUUUGACAUUAUAGUAGAAGCUGAACCACCAGAUGUUGUGAAGUUUACCAUCAUCAGUGAGAACAGUAAGCAGCUGGGCUUUGGACUUGGUGCCAGACUGCUGGGGCCUCUCCCAGUGAGAGCCAUGAGAGGCAGAACUCCCACUGCUAUUGCCGGGAUGCUGAGGCCUCUCCCUGCUAGAUUCACAGGAUGUGGUGCUUCUGGGGCUGGCGUGAAAGAGCUUGAUUCAUUCCCGGCAGAAGCACAGAGGUGGCGUGAUGUAGGGCUUCUGGGGCCUGCCUUGAAAGAGUUCAAGUCACUCCCGCAGAAGCGUGGAGAAUGGGGUUCACGGGGUAAGAUUGGAGGAGCUCAGGUCACUCUGGGCGGGGAUAGCGAGGAGUGGGCUCCUGGAGUUGGUGUAGGGUUUCUCAGGUUACUCCCAGUGAGAGCAGUGAGAGGCGGGGUUCUUGGGCCUGGUGAGGAAACGCUGGGGUCUCUCCCCGGGAAAACCGUGAGGGGCAGAGCUCCUGGUGCUGUUGCCUGGGUGCUGAGUCCUCUCCCUGCCAGAGUCACGGAAUGUGGGGCUUCUGGGGCCCGCGUGAAAGAGCUCAAGUCACUUCCGGCAGAAGGGAGAAGGACGGAGCUCACAGUGCCGGGUAUGGAGCAGCUCAGAUCCCUCCCAGCAGAAGAGGAGGGCGGGGCUCACAAUGCCGGCAUGAAGGAGCUCAAGUUACUCCCCCCCGAAGCCGGAACCAUGAUCAGGGAGCUUUUAGGUCUGCUGCAAAGCUGCUGCAGACCUUCUCCGUGGGAUCCGCGAGGAGCAGGGAACUCUCAGCUGAUGCCAAACUGCUCUGAUUUACAGAUGAAAACUACCAGCAAAGUAGACUACUUUCACCAGAAAAAUCAAUCAAAUUUUUCAAAUCGAAGAAGAUCUUCUGAGAAACCUGACUGGGGAGCAGCAGAGGGACCUGUCUGGGGACCUGAAGAAAGACUUCCCGUGAGACCCAUAGAAGGCCAUGCUGCACUUGCUCUGGGACCAGAAAGAAGACCUACUGUAAGAUCUGAAGGGGAACUUCUUCUGGGAGCUGCAUUGGGACUUCCUGUAAAACCAGCAGAAGAAUAUGUUGGUUGGAGAAACUUCUACAUCUGCAAAACAAUCUUCCCAGCUUUCAUAAAUUUUUUCAUGAAGGCAAAAGCCCAAAACUGGCUUAAUUUGUCUUGGUUUAGAAGGGUCUUGCCCACAUUUUUCUCUGAGGAAGACCUAUAUUUUUGGUCUAGAACUCAAUUUUAUGCAAUGGCCUGUACUGAAUUGGGCUACAGGAAAUGUGAAGGAUGGCUUUGGAAAAAAAGAGAGUCUAGAGGAAUCUCUUUUUUCAAUUGGAAAAGAUACUGGUUUAUUUUGAAACAGUCAACUCUCUACUGGUUCUCACACCUGAAUGAUUCCAAGGCUGAUGUCUUUAUAUAUUUGCCUGAAUUCCGAAUUGAUUUGGCACCACAUUGCGGAAGAAACCGGGAAGCAGUAGUAGAACCUUAA